AAAUUACGUUUGCGACACAGUGGUAUGUCGGCAGAUGCUGCCAAAAUCGCCAGUAUGACUGACGCUAUGGAAGUGAAUAUACCCGAGGGAGAGGAGGACAGUAUGAAAGAGGAAUCCAUGAAACAGAAACCCAGGAACAGAAUACACCAAGGUGAAAUAAUUGAAGGGAAAAGAGAGAAAAAGUUGGUCCAAAGACUUGAUGUCCAGAUGGGUAAACCAAAAGAAAGGCUGAAGAUUGAGAGUGGUAGAGGUGAUAAAUUGGGAGACAUUGCUCGUGUCAACCACCACAUCGGAAAACUUAAAGCUCCUCAGCUGAAACCACUGCAUAAGAUCCUCUAUGAUCGUCCAGGCGCUAUGUCUUCAAUGAGGAAGAACCUUCGAUUGUUCAGUGGUUUCACGUUUGAGGCAGACAGUGAACUUUACCUCAAAAAGAAGGAGAAGCUUAUGAGGUUCACAAACUUACAACUUAGGACCAUUUGCCAAAUUUUAGAUCUGGAGAGGGGUGGAAAGCGAGACAUUUUAGUCGACAGAAUAAUACAUUUUCUCAUGUGCCCCACUAACACGGGCAAGCCUGUAAUUACAAAACGGAAGAAGAAGAAGAGGACGACCACUAAAGACACCAAAAAAGAGAAAAAGACAACACCCAAGAGCAAGAAGCCUUCGGCGGAGACGAAGUCAAAAGCGAUCGUUACCGACUCAAGUAGUGACGACGACGAGGAUGAGGAAGAGGAAAACAAACAUGUAAAGAAGGAAACGACAAGGGUGCCAUCAGAGACAGAUAAUCAGAAAAAGAGCGACGGGGAUAGUGACUCAUCUUCAUCUGGGAAGUCUGACGAUCUUUCUGACAGUGAUGAGGAAGAGGACGCUUCCAAGUCCAAACAGAAGGCUUCUGGUAAAAAGAGACCCCCUGCCAAAAAAAUGACCACAAAGUCUGAAGAUGUCACUGACCAGACAGUGUCAGAUGAUGAGAGUGAGGGAGAUGAUGAUGAGGACAGUAGUUCUAAAAAGACAAAGAAGAAAGAACCAGCCAAGAAAAAAAUCGCAACAAAACCUCUUCCGAAAACAAAGAAAGCAGACAGCAGUAGCAACAGGAGUAAGAAGACUCCCAGCAAGCGGAAAGACCUGGAUGACAGCUCAGAUGACGAUGAACCCUUGAUCAAGAUGAUAAAAAAGCCACCAACAAAUGACCAGCUGAAGGAAACAGUCAAGGUUCUCCUGAAAGAUGCCAACUUUGAGGAGGUGACCAUGAAGCAGUUCUGCCAGCAGGUUUAUGACACCUACCCAGACUUCGAUCUAACAGACAAAAAGGACUUUAUCAAGCAGACAGUCAAGAGUCUGAUCUCAUAGGAAGGGCCACUGACCAAGCAGCCUGGUUGGGAAAGCACAUGUUCUUUAUGAGGGAUGUAAGUGUGAGUGAGUGUAUAUAGUUCAGUAUAGAAACUUUGUGCUAGACAGGGAGAGCACUGAAUGUU